CAACAUAUGGAAAUCUGACGCAUGUCUAUAGUCCUCUAAAACAACAUGGCUUACUAUAUUUUGGUCGUAAUCUUUUUCAUUAAUAUCUCUGUUGGUUUUUCUGACGGUUUGCUACUAACAGAUCCGGCACAUGUAGAACAGCGAUUUAACCAAUUAGAGAGCCAGAUUCAGGGACUGUCCCAAAAAGUGAAUACAUUGGAACAAGAAAACGCGGCGCUGAAAGCUCAAGUAUCGUCAGGAAAUUCAACACUGGUCUAUUUUUCUGCCUUUCUAAGGAAUACAGUGGCUACUCCAUCAGUAAUUGACGUUGUGUACGAUGGCGUUCGAAGCAACUACCAGAACAGCUAUAACCCAACAACGGGUCGAUUCACCGCCCCCAUCAAAGGCUUGUAUGUGUUUGCAUGGGAAACAGUGACUGACAACGUAUUUGACACCGAGUUACUGGUAAACGGUGAACAGGUGAUGUUUAACAUCUGCAACAACCUAGCCCACAAUGGAGCUUACGUCUCUUGCUCGAGAACGGCGCCGACUUUCCUGACACCUGGAGAUAUUGUGCAUAUUCGGGUCCGAUCUGGAAUCUCCCUGCACGGUGGCGGAUGGUCAAGUUUUAGUGGCUGGCUCGUUCAUAGAACGUAACGAUACACACCAAACAUCAGCCGUUUGCUUUAUAUUGAUGUGGUCAUUUUGCCAUAUAACUAUCUUAUUAAAAAUUGCAACCAAUUA